AUGUUACGAAGCCAAGCACUGCAUCCUUUGUUGUGGCUCUGCACUCUCUUCCAACUUUCUCUCGCCCUCCCAUUGCACGCCACUGCAACCUAUGCCCUUACUGUGAUCAAAAAUGUUACCCACCCAGCAACCUUUGAAAAUAUUGGGACCAGACACAACGGCCAACUUCUUUUAACAUCAACUCUCUCCUCGAAAGUCUACCAGGUUGACCCAUUUCGCGAACAUGCAAUGAACACCAUUGUUGAUAUCCCUCAUACAACUGGAUUGCUUGGUAUUGCAGAAUUGGAAGAGGAUGUUUUCUAUGUGAUAAGCGCAAAUCUGAGCUCCGUUGAAGGAGUCUCAGACUCUAAUUUUAUCUGGAAAUUCGAUAUGCGCGACCGUCAUGUUGGUUUCAGGUCAAACCAGGAAAAAAUACCAACAAUUGUUCCUUCACUCGUGGCCAACAUGUCCAACGCCCAAUUGCUGAAUGGAAUGUCUCACCUGGCGGAUAAUGAUACAAAAUCACUCUUGGUCGGAGACUCACAAGCUGGAAGAAUAUACAAACUGGACGUGAAUACUGGCUCACACCAAAUAAUAAGUGAUGACGACGAUCUAAAGUCCGCCCCCACAGGCUUACAAAUCGGCGUGAACGGAAUUCAUGUGCGAGGAUCGCACUUGUUCUUCACGAACUUCAACAAGCGCAUUUUCGGUCGGAUGCCUAUAUCUUUGUCCACUGGAUUUCCCACUGGCCCUGUUGAAGUUCUUGUCAAUGGUGUACGAGGAGAUGAUUUUGCCGUUUCCUCAGAUGGAAAAACUGCAUGGAUUGCUUUGAAUGGCCAGAGUACUCUACUUGAGGUAGAUAUUCCAGGAAAAAGUGCGCGGGUUGUUGUCAAGUCACCGUAUUUGGAAUCAGCAUCUUCUGUGUCGGUAGGUCGAACUUUGUUCGAUCGGGAUAGUCUUUACGUUUCCUCUGCGGGGGUAUUCAAUUCGGCUCCUGGCAUUAAUGCUACAGUCACUCGUGGCAUUGUCGCUAGGGUAGACCUUCCAAAGGCUUAA